AAUUCUAGCAUGUCUAGAAUAAUUAUAAAGAAUUUACCUGAUUAUAUAGGACAAAAUCCUGAAAAGUUAAAAGAAUUAUUUGCCACUCAAGGAUUGAUAACAGAUUUACAAUUAAAAUUUGCAACUAAUGGAAAAUUUAGAAAGUUUGCUUUUAUUGGCUUUUUAAAUGAUGAACAAGCAGCUCUUGCCAUUAAAAAAUUUCAUAAAUCCUUUAUAAACACCUCAAGAAUUCAAGUUCAGUUAGCAUCAGAUUUGAAGGAUACAUCCAAACCACGUUCCUGGAGUAGAUAUUCCAAAGAUAGUUCAGCAUUUCACAAACAAUCUAUUAUUAAAAAAUUUGAUAUUGAACCUAAGAUUAAUAAUAUAAUAGAAAUAUCAUCUGGUAUUGAAUAUAACAAUAAUCACUCAUUACAAACUACACUUAAUAAUGAAAUGACAAAAAUUUCUGACAAAAAAUAUAUGUCACAAAAAAUUAAAAGGCAAAAGAUAUCUGACAAUAAUAAUAUAUCAAAUCCAAUAGAAGUUUUAUUGCAUGAUAAUAACUAUAUAAAGUGUGAUCUUUUAAGAGCUGAUAACAUUAACAUUGAAUCCAAUCCAGAUAAAGAUAUUGAUAAUCACCAAAAAUGUAUGCCUCUUUUCUUGAAUAGUUCUGGAAAACCCAAAACAAUCAUACAACAGAGGCACAUUGCAAAGCUAUCUAACUUGCCUAACAAGGUCACCAAGAAUCAAAUUCUCAAAUUUUUUGAGCCUAAAAUUACUCAAGAUCACAUUCAAAGUGUGAAAUUAGUUAGAAUUUAUAAAAAAAAUGAUGAGAAAAUAAAAUCUGCCAAAAAGAGUAUUGGUUCAUAUAUUGCUAUGGUUGAAUUCACAGAUGAAGUGUCUCUUGAAUUUGCCUUGCUAAGAAACAAAACACUACUCAAGAAUAGGUUUGUAGAAAUGGAGAGAAUUGCUAAAACAAAAAUUUUGAAAAUCAAACAAUCUGAGGUUACUAAUUAUAACUGCAAAGAAUCUUUUAAAAUUGAAAUUAAUAUUGAUGGAAGGAGGGAAGGAAAUGAAAAUUAUCCAAAUAUGAAUUAUGUACCAUCUGUACUAGAUAGUGGAAGGAUAUUCUUGAGGAAUCUUCCAUAUAUUUGCACUGAAGAUGAUAUAGAAAAGUUAUUUUCAAAGUAUGGUCGCCUGAUUGAAGUUAACCUCCCUUUGGACAAACUAAACCAACGAAUAAAAGGUUUCGGUUUUGUAACCUUUUUGCUGCCAGUACAAGCACAAGAAGCCUUUUUGGAGCUGGACGGAACGAUUUUUAUGGGAAGAAUGCUUCAUUUGAUUCCCUCCCAUGAACCCAAAGAAAACAUCCACAAUGUAAAUAAUCUCACCGAUCCUUCUUCUUCUUACAAGACUUGCCAAAACACCGAAAAGGUGGCCACCGCCUCGAAAAAGACACAAAAUUGGAACAGUCUUUUCGUAGAUUCAGCGGCCAUCGCUAACGUUAUGGCGACAAAAUACAAAGUCGAUAAAAGAGAACUAUACGGGAAUAAUCUCGAAGAAAACGAUAUACAAAGCAAAAAGAAAAGUAGCUCAGCUGUUAAAUUAGCACUAGGAGAAACAGAAGUUGUGAAUGAAAUGAAAACCUUCCUCAUAGAAAACGGAGUUAGAUUGGAAAGUUUUGAGAACAUCUCUGCCCAAUCCGAAUUCAAACGAAGCAAGACCAUCAUUCUAGUCAAAAACUUACCUGCAGAAACUAAACAAGAAGACAUGAGGCGUGUUUUCGAAAAGUUUGGUCAAAUCUCUCGCCUCGUUCUGCCUCCAUCUUACGGACUGAGUUGUAUCGUCGAAUUCAUAGAGCCUCAAGACGCUAGAAAAGCUUUCAAAAGCUUAGCUUAUACCAGAUUUAAAGAUGUUCCCCUUUACCUUGAAUGGGCUCCUAUCGAUUGCCUCAUUCAUAAUAAAGAUAUACCUAUUACUUCAAAAACAGAAAAAAAUAUGAAUAACAAUUCUGCCCCAACGAAUACAGAAAGUAUUUCUAAUAUUUCCAAUUCAACAACCAUGGGUUCUACUCUGUUUGUCAAAAAUCUCAAUUUUUCUACCACGAAUUUUGAACUUCAAAAGAUGUUUGCCAGUUUUGGCGACGUUUGCGCAAAAAUAGCCUACAAGAGGGAUCCUAGCAAUCCUAUUGAAACACUCUCUAUGGGGUACGGUUUCUUGACCUUUCAAACUGAACAAUUGGCUACACUAGCUCUCAAAGAAUUACAGGGAAAAGAAUUCAAUGGCCAUAAAAUGGAGUUGUUACGUUCUAAUUCUUAUAAAAAUGCUCCUCUUCCAAAUAUUAGAAGAUUAACAUCAUCUAAUCUAACUGACAACGCCACUAGCUCCAAUACCAAUAUCCUGGUUAGAAACGUUCCCUUCCAAGCGAAUAUCUCAGAAAUUCGUGAACUUUUUUCGGCGUUCGGUCAUGUCGAUUCUGUCCGGUUGCCUCGAAAAUUCUCCGACAAAGCCCCCGAGACCAAAAAAAACAGUUCUUCGACCAAUCAGAGUAGAGGAUUCGCUUUCGUAAAAUUUGCCAAUUCUGUCGAGGCUUCGCGGGCUUUAGAAGCUCUUCAACCAAGCAGUCAUUUAUACGGCAGGAGACUUGUUUUGGAAUGGGCUAGGGAUGAUUCUAUAAUGAUCCAAAAUCAAGAGUCGAAUCUUCAUCAAAACGAGAUAAAGGCAUUAAAAAACAAUAUCAAAUAUAAAAAUGACAAUGAAAUUGCGAAUGAAGAUAAAACAAAUAAUUAUAUCCAAAUCGAUGUGCCAUACGAUAUUCGAAAAUUAUCUUCGAAAAAUUUUAUCCGCGACGACAUAAUAUCAAAAAAUGACAAUGAUAUAUCGGUCAUUUUAAAAGGAAUCGGUGCCAUCGAAAGGCGGCCAUCUUUUAGACAUUCCAGUGAAUCCGUUCCAGUUUACGAAUACCCCACAAACCUUAAAAAUAUUAAAAAAUCUGGUUUUCCCAAAUUUCCCCAAAAUCUUCAAAAUGACGAUAAAUUAAUCCCGAAAAAUCCUUCAAAAACUAUCGAUAAGAAAAACGCGAAAAAUGUUAAUAAAAGAAAAUCUGACCGAUAUUUUUGAUUUUUAUAGAAUAAACCGUUCUACAUAGUUAUAUAAUUUUAGAACAAAUUUUUCAAUUUAUUAUUUUGUUUUCAUUUUAAAAUGAACUGUUA